CUGCCCCCUCCUUCAAACGUGGGAGCAGCCGGACCGGGUCAGCCCAAAGGUGCAGCCAGGCCCGUGUCCUGGCGGCUGCUGGAAGCUGGUGCUAGGGUCCCGGGGGAAAGACCCGAACAGGGACCCACCCCCUGCGCCCAUUGCCAGCCCCUGGCAAACAGAGGCCGGGGCCACCAGCCCAGCCCGGCUCAUGGCCCCAUCCACCAGGAACGCGUCCAGAUCUUCUCUGAGCCCUGUACUCAUCCUGGCCCCCCAGUGUCCUGCGGCGAGGAGUCCCCAGGCUGUGCCUGCAUGGGGCGGGGGUGGCUGUGUCCUUGGGUGCCUCCCCGCUGACCCGUCUCCCCGCAGCGCUGUGGCCCAGGGGACCCAGCUGCUGGAGCUCGACUGUCAGCGCACGCGGGACGGGGUCGUGGUUGUGUCCCACGACCAGAACCUGCAGCGCCAGGCGGGCCAGGACCAGAACAUCCGGGAGCUGGACUAUGCGGAUCUGCCCCCCUACAGGGAUCCCCUGGAGGUGACCUUCUCGCCUGGCGCCUUCUCCCACGGCUCCGACCGCCGCAUCCCGCGCCUGGAAGAGAUUUUCCAGAAAUUCCCCAACGUCCCCGUCAACGUGGAGAUCAAACAGGACGACGAGGAGCUGAUCCGGCAGGUGGCGGAUCUCGUCCGGCGCUACCGGCGCUCCCACAUCACCGUCUGGGCCUCCUUCCAGAGCAAAAUCCUCGAGAAGUGCAGGGCGGCCAACCCCGACAUGCCGUACAUCUUCUCAGUGCAGCGCGGCCUCCUCCUGCUGCUUCUCUACUACACCGGCCUGCUGCCCUUCGUCCGGCUGCCCGAGUCCUUCCUCCAGUUCCCGCUGCCAUCCAUCAUCAACAGGACCUAUUUCCCGGUGCCUAAAGGCUGCAUAGGAAACCUGCUGGCAAAAUUCACCCACAUGGUCACCAUGAGGAAGAAACUCUUUAAACAUCUGGAGGACAGAGGAAUUCAGGUGCUCCUGUGGGUGCUAAACGAGGAGAAGGAUUUCGAGGAGGCUUUUAGCUACGGCGUCUCCGGGGUCAUGUCCGACUACCCCACCCUGCUGCGCCACUACCUGGACACCCACCCACCCCCUGGCCAGGACACGACGGAGGAGUGAUGGGGCUGCUGCCCCUUCCUGGGGGUGCCUGAUAGAGGGUUGUAGGGGGCGCUGCCCCAUGGUCAUUCUCCUAGCUGGGGUUUGCGGGUCGGGAGUGAGGGGCACCGGCAACGCUGUGUUCGAGGGGGUGGGGGGGCUGCGGGUCGGGAGUGAGGGGCACCGG